AGCAAAUAUAAGCAACAAUGAGGCUCCGCAGGCAGCGCCAUCUUUUCUGGGCUUGUGCGUCGUCCAUAUUGCGUGGUGCACAAGUAGGUCUCCGAAAUUUGUGAGCAUUUCGUUGUGAAAAACGCCAACUAAGCACUCCUGACAUGCCGAAGAACAAGGGAAAGGGAGGUAAAAAUAGGAGAAGAGGAAAGAACGAAAAUGAAACUGAAAAGAGAGAACUCGUCUUCAAGGAGGACGGCCAAGAAUAUGCUCAAGUUAUCAAAAUGCUUGGCAACGGACGGCUAGAGGCCAUGUGCUUUGAUGGCAUGAAGAGACUGUGUCACAUUCGAGGAAAACUGAGAAAAAAGGUUUGGAUAAACCAGGGUGACAUCAUUUUAGUGGGUUUGCGGGACUACCAGGAUGCCAAGGCAGAUGUCAUCCUCAAAUACAAUCCAGACGAAGCACGAAACCUGAAGUCCUACGGAGAACUGCCUGAGCACGCGAAAAUCAACGACACUGUCAACUUUGGUGAAGAAGAGGAAGACGACAACAUUGAGUUCGAUGAAGUCAGUGGCGAUGAGGACAUUGAGGGGAUCUGAGCAUUGGUGAAGAGCAUGCAGGAGCAAUCCCCACAGUAUCACCGUUUGCAGAAUGUCGAAUGCCGCUGGUUUCUCUCGGCUACCUUUCAUGCGAAAUUUACCAUUUUUUCCGUGCUUGUGUCGUGUGAAGUCUGCAGAAGUAAAGGUAAUAAAGUGCUAUUUAUUUUCCUUUC